UUUGGUUGCUUUCGAAAGUCAGGAGAAAGUCAGGAGAAAUCUGCCCAGUGAUUGAUCUAGGAGUUGACAGUCAUCACCGAGAACUUGGUCAGCUUGUUGUACUCAAUAUUUUACAGACAAAAGUUUUCAAAAUGAUUGCAAUAGAGCUUGUGAGGGCCAUAUUUUUCGGCGUCGUGCUCAGCGCGACAAUCGGCAACAGUGAAGCAAUGACGGUGGAAGGGGUCCGAAAUUUUGAAAAGGAAAUGGAAAAACUCUCCUUACGCCGACAAAAAAGACAUCCUGAACACCUGGCUGCGGAUUAUCCAACUUGGGUGCGGGUUGGGGAAUGCCCCAUAACCUUGGACGGUCAUCACCAAUACUACUGCCCAACACCAUCACCCGAUGGACGAUGGGUGUGCUUGGAUGACUAUCAAUUGUGUGACGGGAUCAGAAAUUGCCCGAAUGCUGAGGAUGAAUGCCUGCACUGGUGUCUGUUCUACAAGUCCUUGAAGUCGGAGGUCAGCCUGCUGUCCCGAUCCAUGGCUGCCCUGUUCAAGAGGGAACAAUUGAUGGAGGAAGAUGUCGUAGUCCUCCACGCCAAAGUCGAUCAAGUGCGCCAGGAAGACGAAUCUGCAAGCCGACAUCAUCGCCAGAAUGGACGAUUCGUUCCCGUCGAGUAAUCAGCCAUCCAUAUUCUGGUUCUCUCUCCAGAUUUUCAUGGAUGCACAUACAUACGUAUUCUGUUGAAUUCUUUGUAAAUUUAAAUGAAACAUUCACAUAAACUUUAUGAAUCGGACAAUUCACAUCACAAAAUUUAUCCUCAAACUAAAGCACAACUAGCGAUAAGUUUCAAGAGCAAAGAUGAACCUACACAUACUUGCAUUCCCAAAUUGAGAAUCUCAUUUCUGUUAUUGCUGUUGGGAUUGCGACACAAAUUCUCAUUCAAGUUCUUGUGGAUUCAUUCAAUUGCAAUUAUUUUAAGCCUCUCCAUGUUUCUUUAGUGUAAUGUCUUGUGCAGUAGUAUAUAUGUAAUGUUGGUAUUAUUUAUGGAAGUAAAUACUAGUUAUCUAGUCAUACCUUACUACACUUACAAUGGAGGUCUCCCAACGUAUGCUCACAGAUUUGGACCAAAUUAGCGUCAAUCGAUUACAAAUAUAAUUAGUAUGAAAUUUGCAAAUGGAACUA